AUGGUGUGCCGCUUCGUCACUCUCCUGGCCCUCGUGCUGUGUGCGUCCUCCACCCACGCAAUCGACACCGACACCCUCCUCUCACACACGGCCAGCAAGGCACGCGCCAAGACAGAGAAGACAAGGGCCGCCAUCGAUGAGCAGCUCGCCACGAUGCCCGACCCCGUCCCCACCGCCAUGCGCGCCGACGUGUCAGUGAAGGAGAGUGCGGCAACGGGGCAAUCGUCCGUCGUGCACAAUGAUGAUGAUGAGACACAGAUGCCGCCGUCCAUGAGAUUCAUGCAAACACAGAGCAAGGUAUGGGAGUGGACGUCUCACGUGCCCUCACAUUUUCUCGCUGAACGUCUCUGUGUGUGUGUGUCUCUUGUUUUGUUUUGUUGGUUGUGCAGCUGCGUUCUCGGAGCAAGAUCAUCGGCGACGAAGUGAGUCUGCAAUUGAGACAUGCAAUAGACCAAUGCAGUCUGCUCUCAUGUGAUCUGAUGCACAAUGCAGGCUCCACCACCGUACCCAGUCAUCGUGAGACAGACAGACAGACAGACAGACAGGAGGAACAGACACAUUCAUGUGAAUGUCUGAAUGAGUGCAGAAUGUGCACAUGGAGGAGCCGGCGGCUGACAGCCACGUGGAGACACAAGUGCUGGAGGAAAGACGUGCUGAGAGAUUGCGACUCGCUGAACUGGAAAGACAGGUCAGACCAACACACCUAUCAUGUGUAUGCGUCUCUCAUGUGUGUGUCUCUAUGUGUGUGCAGGAAGAGGCUGACAAGGAGAGCUUUCAGAACAUGCUGUCGAUGCAGAACAUGCAGGUCGUCCCACACAAUAUGCCAUCCAAAAUCAUGUGAAUGUGUGUGUCUCUCUUGGUUGGCCUCAUCAGUUGCAGCGUCUGUCCGAUCUGUCAGCAUCUUUGGGCGAGGUGGGCCGCCAAGUGGUGCAGAGCAACAGAAUCCGCGCCAAACAAGACCAGAAGGCAGGAUCGAAAGUUCAAAUCAUACAGUACGAGAACCAGCCGCAGGAGAACCACAUCGACAUCAGGUGCGCAUACCCAAAGAACCGACACAUGCCUGACAGACACGCGCCUCCCUCACACAAAUGUGUGUGAUGUCCUCUGCCAGACAACUGAAGGGCCUUCGGGCACUCCUCAGCCGAUGA